GAAGUUUGAGUGGGGUGGAGAUUUGCCUCCCUCCUCCUCCAUGACUCCUCCUCCAGCGCUCCGCUCGGAUUCGCCGUGAUUUCAUACCGAAGUCAUACUUCACAUUCCAGCUUUACUGUCAAAUCAGGAGAAAUAUUUCUUCAAAAACAUCAGCGUGGUUUGUAUUUGUAAAUGAGCUCAUGAGAUAGAGCUUGAAAUCCCAUUUUUUGCGCCCAGCAGAGCAGAGGUUUGAGUUUAAGUCCUGGGUGUGAGGGCUCACGUAGGGGCCCAGGUGGAGCCGCCACCAUUGCAGCCAACGAGUGGAGCGCCAACGAGAGCCCGGAGGAGGGGCAGGAGGAUGGAGUGGAUGGGAUGGACAAGGCCGGAAUGGACGGGGAUGCGGAGGGUGUCUGGAGCCCUGACAUCGAACAAAGUUUUCAGGAGGCUCUGGCCAUUUAUCCACCCUGUGGCCGCAGAAAGAUCAUCCUUUCAGAUGAAGGAAAGAUGUAUGGUCGUAAUGAGUUGAUAGCAAGGUACAUAAAGCUGAGAACAGGGAAAACCCGCACAAGGAAACAGGUGUCUAGUCACAUACAGGUGUUAGCCAGGAAGAAAAUGCGGGAAUAUCAAGCAGGCAUUAAGGUGUCUAGCCAUCUGCAGGUUCUUGCGCGGAGAAAAUCUCGCGAGAUUCAGUCUAAGCUGAAGGCCAUGAACUUGGAUCAGGCUUCCAAAGACAAAGCCCUGCAGAACAUGGCUGCUCUGUCCUCCGCUCAGAUCGUUUCUGCCAGUGUGAUGAAGAGUCAGUUGCCUCCUCUUCCUCAGCAUCCCUACCCCCCUCCAGCCAGGUUUUGGCCUGGCCCCAUCCCAGGACAGCCUGGACCAUCUCAGGACAUCAAGCCCUUUGCACCGAGUCCGUACUCCAGCCUUCAGCCUCCACUGCCUCCGCCCAUAUCGAGUAAGAGCAGAGCUGGGAUUAUAUCUGAACUCAGACUGACCCCGCGGCCUAAACCAGCAUGUUUCUCAAUAGGUUACGAGCAGUUGCCCACCCCCCUUCCCCCGACCACCACUGCCAUGCCUGUGUGGCAGGACCGGACCAUCGCCUCCGGUAAACUCCGCAUGCUGGAGUACUCUGCCUUCAUGGAGGUCCAGAGAGACCCUGACACUUACAGCAAGCACCUGUUUGUCCACAUCGCCCAGACAAACCCCUCAUACACAGACCCUCUCCUGGAGGCCGUGGACAUCCGUCAGAUCUACGACAAGUUUCCAGAGAAGAAGGGAGGGCUGAAGGAGCUGUAUGAGAAAGGCCCUCAGAACGCCUUCUUUCUAGUCAAGUUCUGGGCUGAUCUGAACAGUAGUAACGUUCAGGAUGGCGCAGGCUCGUUCUAUGGGGUCAGCAGUCAGUACAGCAGCGCUGAAAACAUGACCAUUACUGUGUCCACUAAAGUCUGUUCUUUUGGGAAGCAGGUGGUAGAGAAAGUUGAGACAGAGUAUGCUCGUGUGGAGGGCGGGAGGUACGUUUAUCGGAUCCAUCGCUCACCCAUGUGUGAAUACAUGAUCAACUUCAUCCAUAAACUCAAGCACCUGCCAGAGAAAUAUAUGAUGAACAGUGUCCUGGAGAACUUCACUAUACUGCAGGUUGUCACAAACAGAGACACACAAGAGACUUUGCUUUGCAUUGCGUUUGUGUUUGAGGUGUCUACAAGUGACCACGGAGCACAGUAUCACGUUUACAGACUCGUCAAGGACUGAAUGACCGCUGUGCCCAAACACCUCCAGACGCUGGUCAUCGAAUGCGUACGAACAAAAAGAGGAAAUUAAGACAAACCUGAAAUAAUCAUGGACAAAACACAAACUGGGAUCCUCUGCACUAGGUUGUGUUGUAUAUUUAGUCGUGUUCCUUAAAAUGGAAAGGAAAUGUACUUUCAGGGAUAAUUCUAUUUCUUGCUUACUGUUUUGUGAGAGGAGAGGUCUUGAAAAACUGUGGUGGGUUAAUUCUGAUUAUGACCCUUGUCAUGUUUAUGGUACUAGACUCUGAAGGCACAAAGGUCUUUUUAAAAGCGAUCGUAUUGAAUAGGAAAGGAAUGCUGGUUGAUACAAGUCUUUCUCUAAUCAGGAACUUUGUGAUAGCAUAUGUUUGUUCUGACUGUCCUUUUAUCACAAUCUUUGGUUCAGACACAGAAGCCUGCUACCUCUGACCUUUGAUCGGGGUUCAGAUUGUGCUCAGAAGGAUGCGAAAGUCUUGUAAAUAAAAACAGUUUUGUAUAGGAAAAGACACUGAAUGUUUGUUGUGAUGGAAAGUGCAAGUUACAUGAAUGUCACACACUUUUGCAAGUUUAGCUCUCGAUUUGGCUUGAUUUUCUGUUUUGGAAAGUGCAAAUGUGUGAGUUAUUUCUACCUCCUGGUGUUACAUGGAUAUGCAAAGUGCGUUUGGAGUAUUUUUACUGCAAAGUUUUGGUUUAAUAAAUGGAAAGCUUGUUUCUGCCACGGAAUAAAAAAUAAAUAAAAAAAAGAUAAUU